UUCUGCUUUUUCUUGUUUUCUCUCCGUUCGCCGCCACACAGAAACUCGAAGCGUUUCCUUCGGUGCCAACUCAGCUUCGAUUCUGUAGUGGCGGCUUGCUUUCCGUUCCACGUUGAAUGGCCUUCUUCUCUCGACCUGUUGUGUAGGCAUUAAUUGAAGUCUGUUCUUACCAUUUAAGAAAGAUGGAAUUUGAAAAAAAGAAGAGAUGGAAAUUCACGGUGUCACGCCUUUUCAAAAACAAAUCAGCUUCUCGUUGCUUUUUCCCAAAGGUGAAGCCGGCUAGGUUUGGUCCGAUCUGUACUCUUGUGUAUCUGAACGUUUACGACCUAACGCCCAUGAAUGGUUACGUUUACUGGGCAGGCCUUGGUAUCUUUCAUUCUGGUGUGAAAGUUCAUGGUGUGGAAUAUGCAUUUGGAGCUCAUGACUACCCAACCAGUGGUGUUUUCGAGGUUGUGCCACGACAGUGCCCGGGAUUCAAGUUUAAGAAAUCGGUGUUCAUUGGGACCACAACACUGGACCCUGUCCAGGUAAGGGAUUUCAUGGAGCACUACUCGGAAAGGUACAAUGGAGAUACAUAUCACUUGAUCGUCAAGAAUUGCAACCAUUUCUGUGAUGAUAUUUGUCAGAAGCUAACUGGGAAACGGAUUCCUAAAUGGGUAAAUCGACUGGCAAGAAUAGGUUCAAUGUGCAACUGCGUUCUUCCUGAAGGCCUUAGAACUUCAGUUGUAAAGCACGAUCCGAAUUACAAACCGCAAGAUAGUGAGAAGAAGAGACUGAGAUCGAGCUUUAGUUUGCUGUCUUCGGUGUCGCGGCAGCAGAAAUCUUCGCUACUCAGUCAUCCUCUAGAGACCUCCUACUACCAUCAUCGGAAUCGAAAAGAUAAAUCAAUGUUUUAUUUUGAAAGGAAAAGGAAAGAAAACUAAGUGGUUGGGGUUUUCUCUUUGGCAUUUUGGGGUG